AUUAUCGGCCCGCGAGUACUACAUUAGUGAUCGCUUGCGACAGUCGGUAUCCACAGCUCGUAGCGAAAGGAAACAUUCGACGGAGCUCUCGCGGCCUGUCCCACCACGCCGCUAACCUCGCCACCAUUAACUCUCACUGUCUGUCGGAGAAUCAGUCGAGAUUUGAUCACCAAACUUUGGGAAAACUUGGGUCACGAGUGAGUGUUUCAGGACUCUGGUCAAGGGAGACAUUCUGACUGUUGAGUGGGAGUGUAAGUUGGGUGUUCCGCGGCCACGCUUGUGUUAGGGCACCCCGGCGGAACGCAGCGCUCGGCGGCAGUGUGGGUACCGCCGCCACCGAAAUCUGAGUGAAUAGUCGAGAGUUUGUAGCGGGACUUGGACCAGUCCUGACGGAACACGACAUGUUGGAGUUGAAUCAACCGCCGGCCUCGACCAGCGCGGGCGGCAUGCUGUCCUUCCUCUCGAACAUGGACAACCGCGCCGGCCUGGUCCUCAACCCGCCGCUGGCCGCCCUCCACACCAUGACGGACAUGAAGUCCUUAUAUUCGCAGCAAUCCGUCAAGUCCCUCUCGCCACAGUCCCCGCCACAGUUGUCGCCGCAGGGACUCUCGCCACAGGAGCUGGCCAUCUCGUACGCGACGGCCGCCUCCACCGCCGCCGCCACCACCACCAGCAGCAGCAUGGCCACGCCGCACAACAUCGAGAACAUCCUGAAUCGGCCGAGCCCGCUCAUGACCACGUCGACGGGGCUCUGCGGCGUGGGCCAGAUGGGCGGCAUGUCCGGCCUGGGGCGCCUCGGGGGAUCCAUGAGCCUGUACAGCGGCCUGGCGGGCAAGAUGGCAGAUUUGGCGCGACCCACCUCCGUGUACUGGCCCGGCGUGCAGGGCAUGUUGCAGAACCCUCUCUUCUGGCGGGAGAGGUUACAGACCAGCCACGGGAUCCCAGCCAUGCCCAUGGACAAAGACGGCAAGAAGAAACACACGCGCCCCACCUUCAGCGGCCAGCAGAUCUUCGCGCUCGAGAAGACCUUCGAACAGACCAAGUACCUGGCGGGUCCCGAGCGAGCCAAGCUUGCCUACGCCCUCGGGAUGACGGAGUCGCAGGUCAAGGUGUGGUUCCAGAACCGGCGCACAAAAUGGCGGAAGCGCCACGCCGCGGAGAUGGCCUCGGCCAAGAGGAAGCAAGAGGAGGCCGUCGAGGGCUACAGAGACGACGACCAGGAGGACGACGACGAGCAGUCCGAGUCGAAGCGGCUGAAGCACAACCUGGACGAGCACGAGUCGCCCUCCGCGCCCACGGCCCCGCCCCAGACGCACAUGGGCGCGCUGGCCGGCCACUCCGCCGCCGCCGCCUCCGCGCUCGACGCCCUCGACUGCCCUCCGAGCCGCGACCUGCAGCCCAGCCUGCAGUGAGGGGCAGCGGGGGCAGACGCGGCUUGCGGUGCGGCGACGCCGGUGCAACCUGGGUAGAAGUGAAGUUUGGUCGGCUUCGCGGAGCGCCGAGGAGGACCCUUUUCGGAGGAACUUCAGAUGAAAAAAGGAAACAGCCGAACUUCAUGAUUAUUUUGGGUUCAAGUGUUGUUUAUGUAAUAUAUGAUAGUUCAUCUAUAUAUUGUAUAUACAUGUGCUUUAAAAUAGUAAUAAAAAGGUAUGUGGAUACCACACGAACUGCAACGUUCAAAGUCAGAUACAUUUUACGAAUUUUAUAAUUACGCAUUUAAGGAAAAAAAUACAGGUCAGACGAAUCCCAGCAUCACAUUUAUUCUUCAAAUCUGUCUCUAUGAAUUAAAUACUCGCAGAUCGAGCUUUACUGUAUAUUUGUGAUAUAUUUAAAACGAGAGAAAAAAGCACUCAACGCCCUCUUCGUAAGUGCGACUUGUCUAGCUCUUCGCAAGUUGGUUCAGAAUCGGCAACCUAUUACGGAACCCAAUCUUAACUUUUUACUCGUGGUAGUUGGCAACGGAUCUUUAACCACAGACAAAAAAGGGAAAUCUGUAACAUGCGAAUCUUAUUUAGGUGUGUAUAUAUGAACAAAAAAAAAUCAGAAAUCGAGGCUUUUUCAUAGUCUUUCGUAUCCUGUUCUGCGGUCCCAUAAUGUUCACCAUCAUCCUGUGUUCACGAAUUCCAUUUCUGUUCAACUGCUUUCGAGAUGAAUAUCACAUUGUUGAUUAUUCCCUCAUCUUGGCGGUUGCUACGAUCUAAUGCAUUAUGCAAUAUAUAUGUCUUGUAAAAGGUUAUAUAUAGUAAUGAAAAAAACAAUAAACAAUAGAAAUAAUGCGGAAAAGGUUUCAAUUCGAAAAUCCUCAAUGAAAUAUUAAAAGCCUUUUCCCCUUUUUAUAUCGGUUGGAAUCAUCACCUUUCCUCUUAUUUCUUACUCUCUUCAUUCCCAAAUCAUUGUUAUAUAUAUAAUUAUGUUUCCUCUCCCUCUUUGUUACACAUUCUCAGCCACACGUCCUCUAAGAUUUUGAAAACUAUACAAAAUUAUUAUUGCUAUUUAUACUUUUUUUUUCAAACAAUGGUUCGCGUGGGUCUUCGUUUCUGUUAUCAUGUGUUCCCGACCUUGACCUCUGACCUCGGAGGACAGUCGACCUAGGAUAACCUACCUGAUAUCAAACAUUGUACUGUGGAUACUAGUCCAAUUUUAUGUGAAUGCUAAAUCUGUAGUAUAAUAGUGAUAGACACGUUUUUUGUGUAUUUUGUACAUAGUUUAGGAUUAAGAGUGUUGAAAUGAAAAAGAAGAAUAAUGGUUUGUUUUAAUAUUUGCUUUUUUCCAAAAAAAUGAAAAUGUUAUUUACCUUCCAUACCUACCGCAGCGGUUCCUCAUUCCGUAUGGUCGAUCUAACAUUCACUUUACUGAUAUUGUAGCCCUUAAGUGAUUGUGAUAUGACGUCCAUGCUGACAUUCUUUAGCUCGUAAGGUUCAUCCUGUUAUAUUCUUAACCUGCAAUAACGACCUUAUAGUGAAUGGGAGGGAUAGGAGGGGGUCUUGCGGAGGAAACUAAGCAUGAUUAAUUAGAAUUUAUUAAGUCCGCGUGACUUGUAUGCGCGUAUUUCUACCCCCAGACCCUUUCAUAUUUCC